AAUAGAAAAGCUUAAUAGGGUAGGUAUAGGAUAGGACAGCUCCCUGAAAACCCCUUCAUUUCCUUUGCUCCCUUCUCCCUCUCUCUCUCUCUCUCUCUCUCUCUGGGGUUGCUGUUAAUGGUACACGCCUGUUCUCGGUGGAGAACCUGAUGCCUUCGAUGUGUGAGUGGGUGGUGUUUUUCUCUCUUUAAUCUCUUCCUAUCGAUUGCUGUGAACAAGAAACUCCCCUUCGCCCGGCUCUCUCUCUCUCAUCAGAUAUCUUCAUCUUCCUUUCCCUGUAGAACAUGAAGUAAAGCUGAGCUCUCUUCCCAUCUAAGGCUAGCUUGUUCUAUCUGCUCCCGGUUGGAAUCUAUGAGGGGGUAAGGCUUGGAAGCGGAGGUUGAUUUGGACUGUGAUUUUAUGGGCUUUUUCUCUGCUUUGUUCAUGGAUUCCCCUAUUAUAUCUUGUUUCUAGUUCUUUUUUUUUUCUUUUAUUUUGGUUUGGUUUCCCUCUGGGCUGAUCUGUGUGUAUCUCUGAGGAAUAUAUAACAGGUCAUGGAUUUUUCUUGGUAUUUCUUGUGUCACUGCAUCAAGGGUCUGCCCCCUUUCUUUCUCUCUCUGUCCUCUUGUUAUCCUUAAAAUCUUUUGCUUGGAUCAUGGAUUUGUAUGGAGUUCUUGGAAUCUUUGAGGAAAUCUUCGAUGGGUGCUCUUGAGAUUUGCUUAUGCUUUUGCCCAUAGAGUUCUGUUGGGCUCCCCCUAGCUAGCAUCUGUAGUAUCACUGUGCAUACCAUCUUCCCCCCACCCCACUUUGUUUCCUGUUAUCUUAGGAUUAAGCUUUUGUAUGAUUUCAUGCCCUCUUUCUCCAUUCUUCUUCUUUCCAAUUCCUCUUUCAACUUCUUUGAAACCUCCUCUCACAGGUUUUUGCCUGUCUCCUUCCAGGAAAGUGGUCAUGGGUUUCUCACCCUUGGCUCUUGCUUCUCCUCCUCAGUGGGUCCAGGUCUCCCACCUUCUUGUUUGCCAGUGUAUUUCCCUCUUCUCAUGUUUCUUCCUCCCCACAUGAAAUAUAAUUCCAUGUUGUGGGUUUAAGCCAAGGAGGCCUUAUAUUUCUUUCCUCUUCCUCCCCUUUGUUCUCUUCUUCCUGGAGAUGGAUCUUCUGAUGGACUUGCGCUAGUUUUCUGGCAUCAGAUCAGGUGAAGGGAGGAAAAGAGGGGUCUGCUCUCCUGUUUGGGGUUAAUUUGGGUGCUUGGCUUUGUUCCUCUGAGGUGCUGCCUGGGAGAUUAAAUCCUUGGUUAUGCUGGAGGCCAAGCACAAGGGCAGGCCCAGUUGCAGCAAAGCUCUUGGGCUACUACUCCUGUUGGAUUACCAGCCAGGAAACAUAGAGAAGGCCCUCUUCAGAUGUUAUCCAUUGAAAACCCCUCAGACCCCUCAUGUUCCUCCAAGCUCCCAGCGCUGAAAACUGAUGAGAGGGCUUCUGAAAAGCUUGCCCUCCAAGAGGCAGAUCCAGGAGACCUUUGUGAGAGACCAACUCCCAAUUUCUCUAUAAGAGAUUAUGUUUUCACAUCCCGGAGCAAAGGCAUCGGAACAAAUUGGCCGUUUCCUCAGGAGCUUUUGCAACUUUGCUUGAAGCAUGGCAUCAGUGAUUUAUUACCACCUUUCGAGCCGCCUGAUUUGGUGAGAGCCCAGUGUUUAAGGAAGAAAGUAGAACCCAAUCAACCAGUUGCUUGCUCAGAAGCUGACUUGCCGGGUACUAAGGAUGCUGGCCCAUCGGAUGUGGGUGCUGAAAGUAUCAAAAGCCAUUCUUGUUCUCUGUUAGAUGACUUGGUUGUAGAGCUUUCAGAGCAAACUCAAUACACAUCACCAGACAAAGGAAAAUCUAUAGUUGAUCAAGGAGUUGCUUUGGAUGAACAUAUCCAUAGGGAUGCUGAAAUCUCCUUGGCAGUGAGAAGUCAUAAUCAAGCAGAAAGAAUUUCGUGUCAGAUCGGCGAACUUCCAUGCUCCGUAUCUGUAAAUAAAAGUUUCUCAGAAGCAUCAUCAGAACUUGAAGUUGCUGGACCUGCUCCACUGCCCCAGAAGGUUGAAAGCUCUCGUGAAUCUUUAGAAAAGAAGUGCAGAUUGAUAGUAAAAUUGGGUGCCAUUUCUGAGGCCAACCGAGCAGAAGAUAUAGCAUCUAACACUAGCACAGUUUCAGAUCCCAUGGCUUCAAAGAUUUGCCCUGUUUGUAAAACGUUUGCAUCCACUUCGAACACCACUUUGAAUGCUCACAUCGAUCAGUGUCUUUCGGUGGAGUCUAGUACUAAGCGGGUCCUGACCAACGUUUCAGCACCCAAAGUUAAAACGAGGAAGAAGAGGCUGAUGGUGGACAUAUACAAAUCUGCUCCCCGUUGCACUCUUGAAGACCUUGAUAGGAGGAAUGGUACAAACUGGGCUUCAGAGUUGGCUUGCGUAGCAUUAACCAACGAGUACUCUACUGAGACUAAAAGACCAAAGUUGUUGUCAAUGGAUGCUAGAGGUGAUGGAGAUGGAGAAGUCUAUGUUGAUUCGAAUGGCAUAAAACUUCGAAUUUUGUCCAAGUUAAAUGAUACACCAGCAGUGAUAUCAAGGGAGGAAACCAAGCUGAGGAAGCAUGCAAAAGGCAUCAAGACAAGCAAGACUAUUUUGAUCAGCAAGAAAAAGCGUUUCACAUCAAAAUGUUCAAAGAACAUGAAAGUGAAGGCACAUAACAAGAAGUCAAGUUCAUUCAAGCUUUUGAAAGCUCGGGUUAAACCAGCACCUGGUGGAGAUUCCCAUGCUGACACUUCUCAGGACAAGGAAGAGUCAAAUAUAUCUACUGCUUGUGACCAAGUGAUUAGCAGCGGUUCUGCAACUUUGAGACAGUGGGUAAGCUCCAAACGCUCAGACCUCCCGAAAAAACUCAACAACAAAGACAGCCAUAAAACCUUGGAGAACCCAGUAGCUAUCACCAAGGAUACAUUGACUGAGAAUGACCAACCAGACUCAUGCAAUACUUCUGCUGUGAGAAGUCAUAUCUUGAAGUUCUCGAGGCCAUCUGAAGACUUGAUUACUUCUCCAAAAACCCAAAAAGUUAAUUUUCUGUCAAACAUGGCCCCCGCCAUGGAAGAUGGGAAGAAAAAGUCUCCCGAACAACCUGUCUCUAAUGUCCGGUGGUCAUCAGAAAAUAAUUCUUCAGCCUGUGGUCUUUUGAUCAGAUUAUCGAGGUCAUCAGCAACUUUAGUCUCUUCCCCAAGAAGCAAAAGAGAGGAGAUCAACAUGGGCAGCUUGCAGAAGUCUGAUAAUUCUUCUGACAUGACAAUUAAACGAUCUGAGAAUUGUCAGACCUUGGUGAAGGAUCAGGCCUGUUCAACUUUGGAGAAGAAUGUCUUGGUUAGAACACCAUCCCUCUCUUUGGAGUCAAGCAAGGGUAACUUGAAUGAGAAACCCUCAAAAAAAUUCCGUAAGAACAGAUCAAUACUGAGGACUGGUAAACGAGAAGUUCGCUCGCUCGUCAAAGGGUUGCAUGACUCUAUCAAAGAUCUCAGUCCUGAUAAUACUAGAGCCAAUGAAACACCCAGGACUCAACAAUCUGGUUUUUUGGAGGGUGAGCAUGUUUCAAGGCCCCCAAUAGGAAAGGUUAUGGAGCAAGUAUCUCCAAGCACAAUUGGCAUCUCAGAACCUAUGCGUGAAAGAGAAGCCCCAACUGCAAUGGAAGAUUCACCUUUGGAAGCUGAAUGUCAUGAACCUAGAAGUGAAACUAGAGACAUGCAAUUUAAGGUCUCAUCAUCGUUCGCUGGGGAUCAUGUAACUGAUCCUUACAUGGAAAAAGCUACCAGUGAUCCUGUUACAAGUGAAACUGCAAUCUCCGAAAACCUCAUGCAAAUUUCCAAUACCAGAUUGGACCCACAGCUAUCCGUGGAAGAAUGUGUGCUGCCUCUUUCUUCAGGUGAUGCCCAUGUACCGCGAGUCAUGCAAAAAUCGCUUUGUAAGCAAGAAAUUCGUUGUGGUGUUGUUUUGCAUGAUGAGGAUGUCAGCCAAGAAAAUCAAAUAGCUGAUGUAGCAGGACCCUGGGGGCUGAAAGACUCUUGUGCAUCUCAGCAUACAGAAUGUCAGGCAGAUACAGCUUCCAUUCAGGAAUCUAGUGCUUGUUUGACUAGUCAUGGGGAUAUGGGGCUUGAAGUCCAUCAAGAGAACUCAUCGGCAACUUCUAUUAGAGUGACAUCUAAUAAUUUGGCUAAUGAUGGGGAACCAGCUGAAUCUCCUGAUUCAACUGCCUCGACCGUUUCUCUCCCAUCUCCAAAAGAUUCCAGUAACAGAGAUUCUGAGGCAGAAUUACUGCUGAGAGAUACUCCUGCUCAAGAUAAAUUCAGCCCUGCAGUGCCAUCUACAGACAACAGUGGGGGAACUGAAGGAAGUAUUGCAGAGAGAAUUGAUCGGGAAUCUAAGGUGAUUCUGCCAGAAAACAAGGCUGAACAGUCUCCAAAGGAUCAGUCUUUCUGCUGCUCAUGCAGGGAGAGCCUUUCCAAAGAGUCUCAGUUCAUGAGAAACAGUGUCACUGCUGGGACAACUCCACCUUCCAAGGGGAAUAUGAUUUCCAGUUUGCACAUUGGGCCUAGAAUGCCUUCAUCUUUUCAUUUGUAUCAGAGUCCGAAAACUAAUGCCAUUGCCACCUCCUGCUUGGAAUCACCUACGCAAUCCAAUUCCACUAAGGUGUCAUCAGAUUCUGCUAUAAAUUUCCCAGCCUGCAGCGAUUUGGGUUCCCCUAGCCCUUCACCUCGAAGUCAGAUGCAGUCAAAUACCAUUCCCAAACUGAGAUUGAUGGGCAAGGAUUUGAUGGUGGUGAACAAAGAAGAGCCUGUGCAACCUCAAACUGCUGCUUCAGACUACUUAACAAAUACCACAUGUCUCUCGUCUCUUAGAUUUGCUUCAACCAACCUUGUGGUGAAUCAUGAAAGUUUUCAGUACCAUCAUCAGCUUCCUGGUGGUUCUGUCCUUGGCCGGCCUCCAUCAACUGGUAGUCACCAAAUGCCUCACUAUCCCCCUGGUUUUCAAGCCGGUGGCUUUGCAGGAGCUCCAAUGCAACAUGGUUUGAUGGAUCACCACAGUCAACAGAAAAAAUCAUACAAAAAUCCCAUAUCCCCAGCAGCAUGCAGUCUUGGAAGAACUGUUUCAUCUAACCAACAGCACCAAAAGCCACCUUCUUCUACUCGAGCUCCCUACUUUAUGAGAGAGGUCAUUGUAAUUGAUGACUGUCCUGAACCUGAGGCAGAUACGAGGGGCAGCCUAGUGAGCCCAGCAGGUGCAUUGCCCCCAGCAAUUUCAGGUCCAGAUCCUAUGCUACAGAGACAAGUCACUUAUUUUCCAUCACAUAACCAAUUUAUCUUGAGGGAUGUCUCAGGUAGUCCCAGGCCCUCUUUUCCCAACUUAUACCCAAGUGCUAAUCCUGAUUUCAUGAAGCGAGCAUACUUGUCAGAAGGUUCGGGCCCUCUUCUACCAAAUCCAUUCGUAUUCCAGUCUCCAACAGCAGGUCAGUUGAGCCCAUUGUAUCACUCUCAGACUCAUCGUUGAUCCCAACUGCAACUUUUUGUGGAAGAAUUCUCCAACAGAACUUACAGUCAUCUUUACUGGGAACAAGCAGAAUUAUGGAUAUUCUGGCAUAGAAUUAUGGAUCUUUUGUCUUUGUGGAGGCAACAGUUCUACAGAAAGAAUGAAUCUGGCAACAGACAGUCGGAGUUUUGUAAUAGGUUGUGUGCCUAUUUUUGAUGUUUAGAAGGCUGCACUGGCUCCCAACUUUUCUGCAAAGUAGCAGUCUUAAGCUAUUCUCGUAGUAUGCUAUGUAAAAACAGAAUAAUUUAAUCCGACUGCCUCCUUCGACAAUGAAUAUUAGCCUCUCCUCAAACGGCAUAUUGUUGGUGGUCCUACAUUAGCAUGCAUCUUCUUCAAUUAUUUUGAUGCUUUGUGGCUACCUGGAUGGUUAUGAUGGUUUAGAAUCUUGUUAUUAUCGAUAAUGAUUAGCAGGAGCCGAGGCUGUCAUGCAUCUUUGCUCAAUAUUAGAAAUCUACGAGCAUACUAAGAUUUUCAGGCAGAUAACAAUAGCAGGGAAUGACUUACAGAUUUAUAACUUGGGAUUUUAUGAGAGCUAGCUUUUGUGCCAUCCUGUACUGCAAUAAGUAAUUAAGGGUCUUUUCUCUGCAAGCUUGUUUUAUGCCCUGAAUUUGGGGUUGGUUUCAUGUAGACUUCUCGGGCAAGGUGCAAUUCUUAAGAUGUAAUUUUA